AUCAUUGUGGGGGUGAUUCUACUCUACUACCUCCUGGGGAUCAGUGCCUUUAUCGGGGCCACAGUCAUCGCUGUCCUGGCCCCUGUGCAGUACUUUGUGGCUACCAAGCUGUCUCAAGCACAGAAGAGCACUCUGGUAAGUAAUAUGCUAUUUAGCAGACACUUUUAUCCAAAGUGACUUACAGCUAUGCAUGCAUACAUUCCUAGUCCCAGGAAUCAAACCCACUAUUCUGGCGUUGGAAGCACCAUACUCUACCAACUGAGCUACAGCAGGACCCAUCAUUAAGCAGUUAGCAGUUUGAUAAACAGCGUUCUGUGUGGACUUUGACCUAGCACUGUUCCAAGGAGACCGACCGCACUGCCAUCUAACAACCCGUAUGUAUAGACUGCUCCAUGUCUUCCUUGUGGAAGAGAUUAGAAUAGAUGUCAUACUGAUGAAUUAUGGUAUGUGAUCCUUUGACAGUACGCAGGCACGCACACACACACACACACACACGCACACACACACACACACACACACACACACACACACACACACACACACACACACACACACACACACACCUUCAGCUAGAACCCUUGGAUAACCUUUGGUAUCUUACUAAUACUUUUAAAAAGUUGAUUGUUAUGAACAAUGAUUAUUUUUCAACCAUAAGCUGUUAAUUAAUCACAAAACAUGUCUUUGAGCUUUGUUUGCCUCUCUCUCCAAUCACUUUGCUCAUUCGCAUAAUGCCAUGCUACUGUAAUAAUGGUAACACUUUACUUGAAACCCAGUGUCAUAACACAUUAUGAAACGUUCAUAACCAUGUCAUAAUAUGUCAUAACAGCUGACAUAACUUGUCAUAACCUGUCAUAAUAUGGUCCUAACACUGUCACGAUGACCGAUAUAUAUACACCUGUUGUGACAUGUAUUGCGUUAUUUUAUGGCUGGGUAUGACACUUACAUAAGAGUGUCAAAACCCACAUUUAUUCAAAUACGUUUGAAAGUUUGUUUCUUAAAUCUUUGUUGUUGUUGUAAUGAAUUCUUUACAGUCAUGUUUUUUUCAUCAUAUUUUAAAUAACUUGUAGAAAAUUCAUUUUAUGACACUGUCAUGAAGCAUUAUGACCAUCCUGUGUCACUUUACUUGGACUAAGAAAAUGCACUUUAUGACACUGUCAAGAAGCAUUAUGACCAUCAUAAUCAUAUAAGCCAGAUAGGCCUAUCAUGCCCUUAUGUCAGCCAUCAGUCAAAAAGAGGGUGUCUUGUCCUGCUGCUAAAAUAUGUUCCUGCAUUCAUCCCAGUCAUUAGCAACAGAGCAUUGGGGUAGGUACAUGUCUGACAUCAAUGUGUGCGCAAUUACAAUGAUAAUUUAAUAUGGUCAAUUUAAAAAUGUUUUUAUAUAACAUAAACAUACUGUUUACAAGUAGGCUAUGGUGUAAUGGAAUGUUUUGCCUUGUGUAGUAGGUUUUGUGGGUUUUUACACUCUUAUAUAGGUGUCAUAACCAGCCAUAAAAUUACACAAUAUAUGUCACAACCGUUCUAAAUAUAUGUGUCAUGACAGUGUUAUGACCAUAUUAUAACAGGUUAUGACAAGUUAUGUCUGCUGUUAUGACAUAUUAUGACAUGGUCAUGACCAUGUCAUAACCUGUUAUGACGCUGGGUGUCACGUAAAGUGUUACUGUAAUAUAAAUGUGUAUCCCGCUCGCUUAAUUGUCUGAGGUUAAAUACUAUAUCUUUCAUGCCAAUUAUUCUGUUCUGACAGGAGAACAAUUACCAGUAAUAAUUAACAGCUCUCUUCUCUUAUUCUUCUUCUCUUAUCACGACUACUCUGGUGUAGAAUAACCCCUGAGUGGUCAUCCUCCUCAACUUGAACCCUGAGUGGUCAUCCUCCUUAACUUCAACCCCGAAUGGUCAGCCUCCUCAACUUGAACCCCGAGUGGUCAUCCUCAACUUGAACCCUGAGUGGUCAUCCUCCCCACCUUGAACCCUGAGAGGUCAUCCUCCCCAACUUGAACCAUGAGUGGUCAUCCUCCCCAACUUGAACCUUGAGUGGUCAUCCUCCCUAACUUGAACCCUGAGUGGUCAUCCUCCCCACCUUGAACCCUGAGAGGUCAUCCUCCCCAACUUGAACCCUGAGUGGUCAUCCUCCCCAACUUGAACCUUGAGUGGUCAUCCUCCCCAACUUGAACACUGAGUGGUCAGCCUCCUCAACUUGAACCCUGAGUGGUCAUCCUCCCUAACUUGAACCUUGAGUGGUCAUCCUCCCAAACUUGAACCCUGAGUGGUCAUCCUCUUCAACUUGAACCCUGAAUGGUCAUCCUCCUCAACUUGAACCCUGAGUGGUCAUCCUUCCCAACCUGAACCCUGAUUGGUCAUCCUCCCUAACUUGAACCCUGAGUGGUCAUCCUCCCUAACUUGAACCCUGAUUGGUCAUCCUCCCUAACUUGAACCCUGAAUGGUCAUCCUCCCUAACUUGAACCCUGAGUGGUCAUCCUCCCCAACUUGAACCCUGAAUGGUCAUCCUCCUCAACUUGAACCCUGAUUGGUCAUCCUCCCCAACUUGAACCCUGAGUGGUCAUCCUCCCCAACUUGAACCCUGAGUGGUCAUCCUCCCUAACUUGAACCCUGAAUGGUCAUCCUCCCCAACUUGAACCCUGGAUGGUCAUCCUCCCCAACUUGAACCCUGAGUGGUCAUCCUCCCCAACUUGAACCCUGAAUGGUCAUCCUCCUCAACUUGAACCCUGAUUGGUCAUCCUCCCCAACUUGAACCCUGAGUGGUCAUCCUCCCAAACUUGAACCCUGGAUGGUCAUCCUCCCCAACUUGAACCCUGGAUGGUCAUCAUCCUCAACUUCAACCCUGAGUGGUCAUCCUCUCCACCUUGAACCCUGAGUGGUCAUCCUCCCCAAUUUGAACCCUGAGUGGCCAUCCUCCCCAAUUUGAACCCUGAGUGGCCAUCCUCCCCAAUUUGAACCCUGAGUUGUCAUCCUCUUCAACUUGAACCCUGAGUGGUCAUCCUCUUCAACUUGAACCCUGAGUGGUCAUCCUCCCCAACUUGAACACUGAGUGGUCAUCCUCCUCAACUUGAACCCUGAGUGGUCAUCCUCCUCAACUUGAACCCUGAGUGGUCAUCCUCCUCAACUUGAACCUGAAUGGUCAUACGAAAAGGAAAAGGGAAAAACAAAAACCAGAAUCUUCCUCAAGUGUCAGAAAAAUCUAUUACAAAACAAAACCAAAAAGUAAUCCUCAUUCAAUUACAAAUCAUUCAGAUCUACACACAGGAACCUGAGAGGACGGAACUGCUCCGGCCAUUAGUCUGGAGUACUCCAUGUGUGUAUUAUCCUAUAGGAGUGUAUUAUGGUAUAGGAGUAGUUCAUGUUUGUGUGUACUAUGGUAUAGGAGUAGUUCAUGUUUGUGUGUAUUCUGUUAAAGGAGUACUCCAGUCAUUCAGAUGUUUGUGUGUAUCAUCCUAUAGGAGUACUCCAGUGAGCGGUUGAAGAAGACCAAUGAGCUGCUGCGGGGCAUCAAGCUGCUGAAGCUGUACGCCUGGGAACACAUUUUCUGUCACAGUGUGGAGGAGACCAGGGGCAAGGAGCUCAUCAGCCUGCAGGCCUUCGCCCUCUACACAACCAUAUCUAGUAGGUUACCAUACCUCAAAUACACAGACCUCUACACAUCCAUAUCUAGUUUACCUUACCUCAAAUACACAGACCUCUACACAUCCAUAUCUAGUAGGUUACCUUACCUCAAAUACACAGACCUCUACAGAUCCAUAUCUAGUAGGUUACGUUACAGACCUCUACAGAUCCAUAUCUAGUAGGUUACGUUACAGACCUCUACAGAUCCAUAUCUAGUAGGUUACAUUACAGACCUCUACAGAUCCAUAUCUAGUAGGUUACGUUACCGACCUCUACAGAUCCGUAUCUAAUAGGUUACGUUACAGACCUCUACAGAUCCAUAUCUAGUAGGUUACGUUACAGACCUCUACAGAUCCAUAUCUAGUAGGUUACGUUACAGACCUCUACAGAUCCAUAUCUAGUAGGUUACGUUACAGACCUCUACAGAUCCAUAUCUAGUAGGUUACGUUACAGACCUCUACAGAUCCAUAUCUAGUAGGUUACGUUACAGACCUCUACAGAUCCGUAUCUAGUAGGUUACGUUACCGACCUCUACAGAUCCAUAUCUAGUAGGUUACGUUACCGACCUCUACAGAUCCAUAUCUACUAGGUUACGUUACCUACCUCUACAGAUCCAAAUCUAGUACGUUACCUACCUCUACAGAUCCAUAUCUAGUUGGUUACGUUACCUUUGCUUUAACCCUUUCACCAACUAAACACUUUUAAUAUGCUUAAAUUAAAUUAAGGACAACCCUCAAAUAGGUGAUAGACUUUUAGCAUGCAAUACAAAUAAUUGUUCAGAUCCUCACUAGCCUCUGUGGACAGGCAUGUAGCAGACCAAGGGAAGCUGAUUCACUCAUUGGAGCGGACAAUACCCUACAGUACAUAACAUUUUACCCCUCUCAACUCUGUGUCAGUCCUACUAGAGUUCAUAAAAUGUAUGAACUGUGGUAGUAGUUUCAUGUAAUGAACUCUAUGUUUAAUUCUGAGCCUUCUAAGUAAUCUUGUCAGUUCCUCCAAUUCUGCAAUCAGAUUUGUUUUUGUAAUAUGAACAGUUUCCUGCAUAUUAUGCAAUGGAUUGCAAAUUUGACCAAUCACCGCAUAAAACAGUAAUAUCACUGCAAUAUUAACGUAUUAAACUGUCCGAUCACCGCAGUACAUAAGGAAGGCUGACAACUUUAACCAAUCUCCACCCUUUUGCUGCAGAAAAUGGUUCAAUGUGUGUGUGCCUCUCUCAGUGCUGAUGCUCUAGCUUAGUCCAAGACAACCACUGCUGUAAGCCAUUCAGUUGAGCUGAGUUCCUGGAGAAAGCACUGUCUAUAGAGAGAGAGCCUGAGAUCCUGGAGAAAGUCACUGUCUAUAGAGAGAGAGCCUGAGAUCCUGGAGAAAGUCACUGUCUAUAGAGAGAGAGCCUGAGAUCCUGGAAAAAGACACUGUCUAUAGAGAGAGAGCCUGAGAUCCUGGAGAAAGACACUGUCUACAGAGAGAGAGCCUGAGAUCCUGGAGAAAGUCACUGUCUAUAGAGAGAGAGCCUGAGAUCCUGGAGAAAGACACUGUCUAUAGAGAGAGAGCCUGAGAUCCUGGAGAAAGACACUGUCUAUAGAGAGAGAGCCUGAGAUCCUGGAGAAAGUCACUGUCUAUAGAGAGAGAGCCUGAGAUCCUGGAGAAAGACACCGUCUAUAGAGAGAGAGCCUGAGAUACCUGGAGAAAGUCACUGUCUAUAGAGAGAGAGCCUGAGAUCCUGGGAGAAAGACACUGUCUAUAGAGAGAGAGCCUGAGAUCCUGGAGAAAGACACUGUCUAUAGAGAGGAGGAGCCUGAGAUCCUGGAGAAAGCACUGUCUAUAGAGAGAGAGCCUGAGAUCCUGGAGAAAGUCACUGUCUAUAGAGAGAGAGCCUGAGAUCCUGGAGAAAGUACACUGUCUAUAGAGAGAGAGCCUGAGAUCCUGGAGAAGUCACUGUCCUAUAGAGAGAAGCCUGAGAUCAUGGAGAAAGACACUGUCUAUAGAGAGGGAGCCUGAGAUCCUGGAGAAAGACACUGUCUAUAGAGAGGGAGCCUGAGAUCCUGGAGAAAGACACUGUCUAUAGAGAGAGAGCCUGAGAUCCUGGAGAAAGUCACUGUCUAUAGAGAGAGAGCCUGAGAUCCUGGAGAAAGUCACUGUCUAUAGAGAGAGAGCCUGAGAUCCUGGAGAAAGACACUGUCUAUAGAGAGAGAGUCCUGAGAUCCUGGAAGAAAGACACUGUCUAUAGAGAGAGAGCCUGAGAUCCUGGAGAAAGACACUGUCUAUAGAGAGAGAGCCUGAGAUCCUGGAAAAAGACACUGUCUAUAGAGAGAGAGCCUGAGAUCCUGGAGAAAGACACUGUCUACAGAGAGAGAGACUGAGAUCCUGGAGAAAGACACUGUCUAUAGAGAGAGAGCCUGAGAUCCUGGAGAAAGACACUGUCUAUAGAGAGAGAGCCUGAGAUCCUGGAGAAAGACACUGUCUAUAGAGAGAGAGCCUGAGAUCCUGGAGAAAGACACUGUCUAUAGAGAGAGAGCCUGAGAUCCUGGAGAAAGACACUGUCUAUAGAGAGAGAGCCUGAGAUCCUGGAGAAAGACACUGUCUAUAGAGAGAGAGCCUGAGAUCCUGGAGAAAGACACUGUCUAUAGAGAGAGAGCCUGAGAUCCUGGAGAAAGACACUAUCUGAACCAUACUGUCACGUGUCUAAUGGUGCCUAUGUGUCUCCUCGUUCUCAGUAUUCAUGAACGCAGCCAUCCCUAUCGCAGCUGUCCUGACUGUGAGUAUUCAUUCCAGUCAUAAACGCCUGUUCAUAUCUCAUAGGUGCCAUCCAUAAUACUGUCUACAGCCCUGGCCCAAAUAUCUGUCCUCCCUCACAUUAUUCACCAUAGAACAGCAUGUUCUGACCACAGUUCCCCCUCUAAAAAUAUUGUGUUUACUGUCCACUGGUCUGUGUAUUGUUCUCAGUGGAUGGGCGAUCCCUUUUCCCAAGUAAAGGGCACAGACUAGAACAGACUAGAGUGGUGUCACUCAGGAUCCAGUCAGUCUGGCAUGUUGACACUAUAAAGGAUGGCCAGUGACAUUUCCCAGGGACACCGUGGAGGUUUGUGACAUGGCAGGCCACUGUAAAUCCCAGUUAUAUUUAUGGUAGCUGGAGCCGUCAAGACAGUUGUUGGUGUGGUGACAAAUCCAGUAUGGCAGACAGACAGACAGACAGACAGAUAGACAGGCAGGCAGGCAGGCAGGCAGGCAGGCAGGCAGGCAGGCAGGCAGGCAGGCAGGCAGGCAGGCAGGCAGGCAGGCAGGUAGGCAGGCAGACAGACAGACAGGCAGACAGGCACACAGACAGACAGACAGACAGACACGCAGACAGACAAACACGCAGGCAAACAGACAGACAGACAGACAGACAGGCAGGCAUACAGAACAUAAGGAGAGGUCCUUGAAUGAGUGAAAUGUAUUUUGGAAAGAUACUGAGUGAUGGGUUUAUCCCUCACCCUUUGGAACACAAAUUAAAUAGAGAUAGAGAGAUAGAGAGAGAGAAAGGAUGAACUGAUGUCCUUGUGGAUGAGUGAUGUGUGUUUUGGAGACAGUGAUUUGCUUAUCAUUGUUAAGCCCUGAAAUGGAAAUUCUCAAAUUCAUCACAAACUAAAUAGAUGGUAAAAGCAUUUGCAUAAAUCAGUUGUAAGUGCUUGUCUUUCUGAGGGAUAUUUAUUAUUCAGGGCCAAAUCCUGUAUUGGAAGAUAUAUAGCACACAUUUCCCAUUGACAUCAAUGCAUGUUUAUGUAAAAGUUUGAGUUGCUAACUUACAUUUUGAAUCAGGAUUCAGACCUCACCCCUGGUAUACUGUAUAUGCUCACCCCUGGUAUACUGUAUAUGCUCACCCCUGGUAUACUGUAUAUGCUCACCCCUGGUAUACUGUAUAUGCUCACCCCUGGUAUACUGUAUAUGCUCACCUUGGUAUACUGUAUAUGCUCACCCCUGGUAUACUGUAUAUGCUCACCCCUGGUAUACUGUAUAUGCUCACCCCUGGUAUACUGUAUAUGCUCACCCCUGGUAUACUGUAUAUGCUCACCCAUGGUAUACUGUAUAUGCUCACCCCUGGUAUACUGUAUAUGCUCACCCCUGGUAUACUGUAUAUGCUCACCCCUGGUAUACUGUAUAUGCUCACCCCUGGUAUACUGUAUAUGCUCACCCCUGGUAUACUGUAUAUGCUCACCCAUGGUAUACUGUAUAUGCUCACCCCUGGUAUACUGUAUAUGCUCACCCCUGGUAUACUGUAUAUGCUCACCCCUGGUAUACUGUAUAUGCUCACCCCUGGUAUACUGUAUAUGCUCACCCCUGGUAUACUGUAUAUGCUCACCCCUGGUAUAUUGUAUAUGCUCACCCAUGGUAUACUGUAUAUGCUCACCCCUGGUAUACUGUAUAUGCUCACCCCUGGUAUACUGUAUAUGCUCACCCCUGGUAUACUGUAUAUGCUCACCCCUGGUAUAUUGUAUAUGCUCACCCCUGGUAUACUGUAUAUGCUCACCCCUGGUAUACUGUAUAUGCUGGUUACUGGAGUGAUACUAAUUGUUUUCUCUCCUCUCAUCUUCCUCUAGACGUUUGUGGUCCAUGUGCACAUCUCUGAGGAGGCUGACCUGUCCCCUGCUGUAGCCUUCGCCUCCUUGUCCCUGUUCCACAUCCUGGUCACUCCCCUCUUCCUGCUCUCCAGCGUGGUACGAUCCACAGUCAAGGCCCUGGUCAGGUGA